AUGCGUUCAUGUUUUCGACUCUCGCGCUCAGUAAAGAUAGCAGCUUCCAGUCUUCUGUGUUUGUUUUUCAUCACACACUGCUACUUCAGCUACACCGCCAAGAAACAAGCGUCAGCCCCCUGUGAGGGCUCCAUCCUUGGCCUGGCAGUCAAGGAUCCCAGCUGCCUUUCUGGAUUUUACAGUAAAGAGGAGCUCAAGCCUCGCCUUCAGAGGCCUCCCCAAGAUCCCUGGGCACCGGGUGCACAUGGCAGACCCUUUGAGUUCCACGUGAAGACUCCUGAAGAACUCCAGGAGGAAUUACAGGGGUUUAAUAAAAACCAGUUCAACCAGUUUGCAAGCGAUCGCAUCUCUCUGCACCGUGACCUGGGAGAGGACACACGCCCUCCAGAAUGCUUGGAGCAGAAGUUUCUGCGAUGUCCCCGUCUCCCGACCACCAGCGUGAUUAUAGUGUUUCACAACGAGGCCUGGUCGGCUCUGCUCAGGACUGUUUACAGCGUCCUACACACAGCUCCUGCUGCUCUGCUCACUGAGGUCUUACUGGUGGAUGAUGCCAGCACGGAUGCUCAGCUGCAGGCUCCUCUCGAUGAAUAUGUGCAACAGCUGCAGAUAGUGCACGUUUUACGUCAGCGGGAGAGAAAAGGCCUGAUCACAGCCAGGCUGAUGGGGGCGCGGGCUGCUCGAGGGGAGGUCCUCACCUUCCUCGACUCCCACUGCGAGUGCACCCCUGGGUGGCUGGAGCCUCUCCUGGCUCGAAUCGCAGAGCAGCCUACAGCUGUGGUGAGCCCACAAAUCACUUCCAUCAACCGUGAUGACUUGAGUUUUCACAAGCCGGCGACUAAACCUCAACGUCACAACAGAGGAAAAUUUGACUGGAGGCUCAAAUUUGGUUGGGAAGCUGUUCCAGAAGAAGAAAUGAAGCAAAGAAAGAGUGACACGUGUCCUAUCAGAACUCCAGUCUUUGCCGGGGGUCUGUUCUCCGUCUCUAAAUCAUACUUUGAGCACAUCGGAGCUUAUGAUGAGCACAUGGAGUUCUGGGGAGGAGAGAAUUUGGAAAUGUCCUUUAGAGUCUGGCAGUGUGGAGGCCUUUUGGAGAUUCUUCCUUGUUCGGUAGUGGGGCAUAUUUUUCGUAAGAAAAGCCCCCACACUUUCCCAAAUGGCAUCUCUGUCGUCGUCCGCAACCUGGUGCGCCUCGCUGAGGUCUGGAUGGACGACUACAAACAAGUCUUUUAUCGUACAAACAGAUUGGCUGGUUCCCUUUUUAAAAUGAACUCUUUUGGAAAUGUUUCUGAACGUCAUAAACUCAGGGGAAGAUUAAAGUGCAAGAACUUUACUUGGUAUUUAAACAAUGUUUACCCAGAAGCAUAUGUUCCUGAAAUUAGGCCGGCAAAGCAUGGGCAGUUGGAAAACACAGCUUGGAAGUGCCGACUGGAUGCAAAAAGGACCAAAAAGCAAUGGACCCCUGGUCAGAGGGUCAACUGUAAAAACCAGGGAGAUGCACAGUAUUUUGAGUACACGUCCAAACAAGAGAUACGACUCAGCGCAGGUAUUGAGAUGUGUUUGCAUGCAGCCCAAGGAAAAGGGGUUUGUCUUGAACGGUGCCGUCUGAAGAAAAACGCGGCACCAGAACAAGUUUGGAUCAUUACACAGACAGACCACGUGAAGAACCCCUCUUCAGGCAAAUGUUUGACAGUAGCUGGUGCCACUGUGGUUUUGACAGAAUGCCAAUCUUCUGGAAACAAUCAGAGCUGGAUCUUCAUUUGA